CUGUGCACUCAGUGCAUACCAUCAAAUUGGCACGCUGCUGUCGCGUCCUGUUGCAAGUAAUUGUCGCCUUGAUUUAAAAUAGAAAACAAUGCAAUCUUUUUCUCACCAAACUUACCUUGGACGCCAUUGCAAGAUCGCGUUGUUUCACCUUUUGUUCCAUAUUACAGGGAUGUUGGCCAGUCAGGUGGUGGUGCCACCCAGUGUGAGCGCCGUGCUAGGCAAGAACCUGACGUUAGAGUGCCGAGUGGACGUGGCCACCAACCUCACUCUCACUCAGAGCUCUUGGGAGCGACGUUUGCCUUCGGGCUCUGUCACGGUGGCCGUCUACAACCCGAGCUACGGCAUCUCCAUCUCCCGGGAGUUCAUCCAUCGCUUGUAUUUCCGCUCACCUUCAUCCCACGAUGCCACAAUUGUUCUGGAGAAUGUGGGCUUUGCCGAUAUGGGUUUGUACACCUGCAAGGUGGCCACAUUCCCGCUCGGGAACACUCAAGCCUCCACGACUGUCAGUGUGCUGGUGGAGCCGAAGGUGUACGUGUCGGCCGGCUCGACGGCGCUGAUCGACGGCAGCAACGAGACGGCGGUGGCCACUUGCAUUGCCGAGCGAGCCCGCCCCCCCGCCGAGGUCUCCUGGGAGUCCAACCUUUUCGGCCAGUCGGAAGUGCAGCUUUUCGACGACGUCAACGGGACCACCACCACGCAAGUGCGCUACCUAUGGCAGCCCACCCGUCACAUCCAGGGCCACACGCUCACGUGUGUUGUCCGCCACCCAGCUUUGCUCAACGACUUCAGGGUGCCCUACCAGCUUAAUGUGCAGUUUGCUCCGGAUAUUUCCGUGGUGGGAUACGACGGAGACUGGUAUGUGGGUCGGGACAAUGUUCAAAUGACGUGCGAGGCCAACGCAAACCCACCGGCUCGUCACUUCAGAUGGAUCAGGUUGGACGGUGAGAUGCCAGAGGGCGUCGAAGUCCUCAACAGCACGCUGCUUUUCCUCCGUCCUCUCCAGAGGAACGACUCGGGCGUGUACAGGUGUGAGGUCGCCAAUGACAUCAACCUCCGCAGUCGGGACGUUCGCAUUCUCAUCCAAGAUCCUCCCACCAUGCCUUCCAUCAUUACCGCUCCUGUCCUCUCUGGUUCCUCCUCCUCCUCCACCUUAGUGGACGAUAAGCUCCACGUUCAUCUCAGCUCCCCUACUCUCGAAGCGCUACCUGAGAGUAACCUGGGCACCGUAGUGGGUGGGGCAGUGGGCGGGGCCUUGUUCCUCCUGCUGCUGCUGUGUCUGGCCGGCGUGUGCUACCUGCGGAAACAACAGACUUUGCACGGGGACUACUACGCUAAACAGUGCCCGGGCCCCGGCGAUCUCCAGAAACCCCCCGGCAAGCAGCACGAGCUCCACGUCACCAAGGUCGGCGGCGGAGGCGGCUCGCACCGCCGUCAGGACCACGACAGAGAGGAGUGGGGCGGCCGCGAGCUCAAGCGCCACUGCAGCUACGACGGAGAUGAAUACCCGUCUAACGGCUACACGCGGGCCAUGAGGGAGGGUGGUCACCACAGCAACCAGCAGAAUCCCCAGCAGGGACAAACGGCGUAUUGUAGUCCACAGCAGCAGCCCAGGAGGCCCCGAUACACGCAGUCUCCCAAACCUACGAGGAACGGCUCCCCCUGCGUGCCAAACAACGGCUACUACGCUAGCGCCCCGGAGGGCGAUUACGUCUCUCACAAAGACGGCUCGGUCAUCUCUCGCAGGGAGUGGUACGUUUGACCCCCCACCUCCACCACCACCACUGGUCCUCACGUCCUGAUCACCACUUUACGAAACGAGGACCACUUGACUUGAAAUACCUUUGCACCCUGGAAGACACUUGAGAUCGGCUCACAAUGUGAAUGAGCCUGCUUGUGGCUGCGUUAUCCUGUACGUGCGCCCACCAGGCGGCCAUUUUAUGUCUGGUCACGAAUGGAAGUCAGAAAUAAUUGCACUGCCUUUUGCCACAGUCUCGACAUUUCUUUAAAAAAAAAACAUUAUCUGUGAACAAUUCAAGCCUCCCCCCUCCCACCCGCCAAAAUUUGUUUGGGGCCUUGCUGACUUGAGUUCAUGUUGUCGGGACGGACCUCUUCUGUUGUGCAUAGAAAAGUUGAGAAAGGAAACCGGGUCAUGAAAUCCCCAUUUGUAAAUGUGAUGAAAGAAUCCGCCAUGGUCCUCGACGUUAACCUCUUGAGUUGGGCCCUCUUUUAGUUUACAAUGCCUCGAGAUGACAAAAGCUGUGUUGGACAGUUUGCACUCUGGCACAGGGCCAAGUUAUCAAUGGGGGCGGGGGGGUAGCGACAUGGCCGCCAUCACAAACCCGAGUAGUGGCACUGCCGCUACUAACGGGGCCCGCUAAUUUGUAGCAGUUUUGUUAUUUUCCGAUGUCAGGAUAUCAUAUCAGGAGCUCUGUAAAGUAUUUUGGCACGUGCACUUAGCAGACGCGAUGGAGAUCGGACAAUCUCCCUCUUGCACACUCGUGUUUCGAAACGGUAGCUUUUUUGUCCCCUUUUUCGAUAUUUGCCCGGAGGCCAAAUAUUUGCUUGUGUGAUGCGUAGAGCAGACUAGAUGACAAUGAAAUCGUAGCAUAUAUUAGCUUAUCGCGACGGGGGGGUCCUCUAGCUUGAAAUGGAAAGACGCGUUAAGUUGUAGCAGUCCGAUGGCCGUUAGAUCGAUCGAUGUUCUUAUUAGUCCGGGAUGUGACUCUUGUGCUGUGAUUAGGCAGCCGUUGUCGUAGUGACACGUUGGCCAGUGCCAAUGGUGUCGUUUCUAACGUGAGAUGCUAGACACAUACUUGUGUUGGAAAUGACCUUAGUGGCCAUAUUUUGUCACGUUUACCUCCAGUGUUUGUACAGUGCCAUCUUUUGAGGUCACUGCUGCCAAGCUAGUACUUGUCGAUGUUUUUUUUUUUUUUUUUUUAUAAUCGCUCUGGACACAAGUUGGUGUAAGGAAGAUAGGAACUUGCUCCUCAGGCAACAUUUGUCUCUAGUGGGCUUGAUAGAAUCUCACGUGUAUCUCCAGACUGCAGCCAUAUUGUGACGUUUUCAUGGUUGGGUGACAAAAUAAGCAUUGUGACCACCUCGGUGUCCAGGCAAACAUCCGUGCUGGUAACAGGAAGCAUGGCUGCCUAAUCCCCACUUUUUGUUUUGCUUCUAUGCACUAAGGCGGAAACGUCACUAAUCGAUUUUUGCAGCCCUCGUACCUGGAGUCAUCAAGUUUGCUUGAGUGAAGCGGCGAGACGCCUUGAUCGUUCAACUAGUGCCUUAGAAGAUGUUUGGUUCCAUAUUUGUAGUUUUCCUGUCGACGUUUGUUGCCAUUACUGUUGUACUCUUCUCAGUGCCAUAGGUUCGCCGUAUACAUGACAGAGUAUUGCCAAGCCACCAUGAAACUUUAGUUGUGACGAUAGUACCACAGUAAAGAAACACUGUGAGGAGUUUAUGUUGGAUCAGCACCCUUUUUUUUUUUCCCCUCUUUGUACAUAAAUAUAUCUUCAGUAUUCAACAGGAAUGUAAGUUAAUGGAAAGAAAUAUAUAUUUAUGUCAGUGCAGCAUUGAUUUGUUGUUCUUUUUUCAGAUACUUUGUCUCAAUAAAGCACCUUAGCACACGUGA